AUGCCGCAAAAGGAAUCUGAGGAAGCAAUUGUGAUGACAAGACAGCAGCGGAUGCUCGAGACGUUGACAAUAUUUAGACGCAGCCUUGUCUACCAGACGAAGGAGUUCUUUCAAAAUUCAACUCUGCACGGCGUGCGCUACAUUGCGGAAACUGGACGACCUAUUGGCGAAAAGUUUAUGUGGUUUUGCUUCACCUCGAUUGGAGCUGUAACGGCGCUGGUCAUUAUCAUGAGUCUUUGGGAAAAGUUUCAAACGAAUCCGACUAUCACCGGUCUGGACACAGACUUUCACAAUCAGAACGUGGUCUUUCCUACCACAGUGGUGUGCCCCGAAGCGGCGUUUGAUCAUAAUAAGUCCUACGAUGUCGCCUACAAAACCCUGACCAAUUACGACACUGAAAAGGCGCAGGCUUUUGCUCCUUUUUUGGAUCUGCUUACUUCGCUUAACUAUGACAACAUCAGGGAUGCGGAACUACUGGCAAAAUCUAUUCCAUCGGAACUCCUGUCUGAAAGCAGUAUUCGUGAUUGGGCCUUCCGGGCGCAAAUCUCGUGCGAGAAUACGUUAAUCUCGUGCAAGUAUCGUGACGAAGAUAUCGUCUGCUGUGACCACUUCGAACCCAUCUAUACGGAACACGGUCUCUGCUAUGCGUUCAAUAGUCGGUUUAAGUCCACAGCAAAAGAAGAUGUUGAGACAGGCGCACCCCAUGAUCUCUAUGAGACAGACAAGAAGUGGGCUCUAUUCUUUCUGCCUAACAGCACGACGCAAAUUUUCAUCUUUUCAAAUGAGGAGUAUUUUGGGGCCGAUUUUAAUGCACAAAUCGACUGGGCUGAGGACCAACUUGUGGAGGUACGCAUUUCCAAAAAGAACACAUACACCACAGACGAUGCACGCCAGCUGUCCAUUGGCCAGCGUAAAUGCAUUUUCAGCGAUGAAGUCAAAUUGAAUUAUUUUACGGACGCCUACACUUUCUCAUCUUGUAUGAAGCAAUGCCGCAUGGCCAAGGCUAUCAUGUUAUGCAAGUGCAAUCCGCCUUUUUAUAAGCCAAUCAAUAAUGUACCCAUGUGCGCAGUCAAAGACUUUUCAUGCCUCAACGACUACAAGCUGAAUAUAACCAACAUUAGGGAUUGCCUUCAAUGUGAGCUCAGUUGUUCGAAGACCGUCUUUAAUAUUGAUAAGCUGGUAAAAAUCACGGAUCGCGCAGAGAUGCCAGGUGUGCUGGUAGAGUUCCUUACUUGGCCCAUCAUACGCUAUAAGCGAGAGGUUCUCUUUGGUUGGGUAGAUCUGCUCGUAUCCUUCGGCGGCAUUGCCAGUCUUUUUCUUGGAUUCUCUUUACUGUCCGGCGUUGAGAUCAUUUAUUAUUUUACGCUGCGCGCUUGCUGCAUGGUUUACAAAAAUCGGAAAGAGUUGUAUGAAAUUGAGGAAAGAAUUCGUCACGAACCGCCACCAGCUAUUGCUCUUCAACUAAAGAUCAAGUCUCACGUCAAUCUAACGAGCAGUACGAGCUCCUCGGCUGUUCUUCAGGUUCAGCCUGCAGAGGAUCAAAAAGUCGUGGACUUUGGUCACUUGGCUCGGCAGCGAAAAAACGAGAAGGGAUAUUUAAACCAUUCGAAGAACUUAUACCACACACGGAAGAUCUUGCCACAAUAUGGUUAUGAGCAUUACAAGGAUAAAUGGCAAUACGAUUAUGGACAAUAUAUACCCUAAAUUGAAGUGAAGAACAAUCUAAUGGAAACAUCCAUAAAUAUAUAACAUAUAUUAUCGUAUAUUCAUGAAAUCCAACGUUCUAAUAUUAACCAAAUAAUCAAUAAAAUAAAGUCAUUAAAAGUUGUAGUCUGUGUAAGUUGAACAUAUUUUUAUUUGUAAGCGUAUUCUCGCGCAAGAAUUCUUUGGCCUAUUAAUCUAAUACAUACAUAUAAAUAUUAUACAAGGCACUACAAAAUAUUGUUCAAAACUUAUACUACUUACGUGCACCAACAAUAAAUAUCAAAAAUAA